AUGAAAACAACAAAUUCUUCUAUACCUAAAAAUGUCCAAAUAAUUAAAAAGAAAGUUCUUCAAAAUGGUUUGCUACAAGGUUCAAUUCUAUCUCCCAUUCUUUUCAACGUGUAUACGGCGGACAUUAUAAGAACAAAUUCUAGAAAAUUAAUUUAUGCAGAUGACAUCGGUAUUGUAAAGCAGGGAAAAACAUUUGAAGAAAUAGAGUAUAAUCUUGGUAAAGAUCUCGCAAAAAUUCAAAAAUAUUUAAAAACCUGGUAUCUUAUUCUGAAUGCUAGUAAGUCAAUUUCGAUCGCCUUCCACUUAAAUAACCGCGAAGCAAAUUAUAAAAUCAUGGUAAAUGUGAAUGAGGAAGUUAUACCAAAUGAAGACUUCCCCAGAUACCUAGGAGUAAAGUUGGACAGAGCCCUUACUUUCAAACCUCACCUGGAAGGUCUAAAAAAUAAAUUAAAAACGCGGAAUAACAUAAUAUCAAAACUAGCAGGUACAACCUGGGGUUGUAAAGCAAAUACUUUACGCAUCUCAGCCAUGGCGCUCGUGUAUAGUGCAGCAGAGUACUGUGAGCCAGCUUGGACAAGGAGCACUCACAGUAAAAAAAUCGACACGCAGUUAAACCAUACCAUGAGAAUUAUCUCGAGAACGGUAAAAAGUACUCAAAUACAACAAUGGCUCCCUGCUCUUGCAAACAUUGCUCCUGCUGACCUGAGAAGAAAAGCAGCAACCCACUCCUUGUUAAAUAAAAUUUAA